AUGCUCUUCCAACCAAUCUUCUUCGCUCCUCUCGUUGCACUCCUUGUCCAAGGAGCCGCUGGAACUCCAACUUCACACGACCAUUCUCUCGCGCAUCACAAGCGAGCGACUUGUACUCCCAAAUCCGCUGGAUCAGCUUCAACAGACGAUGUCCCCGCCAUCGUCGCAGCGUUGAAGCAAUGCGGUAACGGUGGAGUUAUCGUGUUCCCCAAAGAUGUCACCUACAUGAUCAAAAGCAAACUCAGCUUCGCCGGCUGCAUCAACUGCGAAAUCCAGCUCGACGGUCGACUCAAACUUUCGGAUGAUUACACAUUUUGGAACAAUUCUCGUACUCAGAUUGACAUUCGUGGAGUCAAGGGGCUCAAGUUUCACAGUCCUGCUGGUACUGGAGAGAUUGAUGGCAAUGGGCAAGCUGCGUGGGAUCGCUUUGGAUCGGUUGGGGAUUUGAAGAGGCCUGUUAUGUUCGCUGUGGCGGGGUCCACUGACGUUGAAGUCAACGGCUUUCUUAUGAAGAACGCCCAGAACGUCUUUGUUGAUAUUGGAUCCAACAGCGAGAGAGUCAAGUUCAUCAACAUGGAUCUGACUGCCAUCAGCAAGUCUAGCUACCUACCAAAGAACACCGAUGGAUUCGAUAUCGGAGCGUCCAAGUACACGACCCUGUCGAACAUCUUCAUCCAGAACGAAGAUGAUUGUGUUGCAUUCAAGGCAGGCUGUGAUCAAGCCACCGUCACCGACAUCACCUGCCAAGGAUCACACGGCCUUUCUGUAGGUUCUCUCGGCAAGACAAACACCGACACAGUCACAAACAUCUAUGUAAAGAACGCCACCAUGAAAGGAGCUACGAAAGCGGCUGGUAUCAAGAUCUACCCCGGUGGUCCUGAUCACGGCACAGCUGUUGUCCGUAACGUUACUUGGGAUGGUGUGAUUGUCGAUAACUGUGGUGCUGCAUUUGAGUUCGAUGCUUGUUACAACGAAGACAAGUCUUACUGUGAACAGCAUCCCAGUACUGCGCAGGUGACUGAGAUUUACGUCAAGAACUUCUCGGGGAGGACUAGUACCAAGUAUGCGCCUACUACCGGCCAUGUCUUUUGUCCUGUCGAAGGAAAAACUUGCGAUGUUGAUAUCUCGGUUAUCUCCAAACGGUUUAGUCUAUUGUUACAGCCAAUCGGACAGUACAAGGAUCACUCAUGUCCCCACCGCCUCGUGAAGUUCGAGGUGAUAUUCCUCCAUAAACCGACUUUGAUGUCCAUGACUUACUUGGAUCUGUCAGGUCAUAUUACCAAGUUCCGGGUAUCCCAAACUCCACGGAUCAAGCGGAACAGACCCGCUGUAUCUUGCUCAACCUGCCGUGCGCGCAAGCAGAAAUGCGACAGACAACAACCAUGCGGUGCAUGUCAGAAGCGCGGUCUCCAGGACUCGUGUCACUUAGAACCAGUAUCACGGCCCACAACAGCUUUGCUGGCUGAUCGCGAUGAUAGUCGAGUCCAAAAUGAGCUUAGGCAGAUGCAGAGCCUCCUCCAGAGUCUCCUCAGCCAGCCUAACCGGGACCAAGCGGCUACGUCCUGCGAUAAACUAGCCCAGGGUGUGGACCGCAUUCGGCAGGCCAUCAAUGACAAUAAUUGUAGGGCUGCGACGGCUCCGCAAGUGGACCAACCUCCAGACAUCAUAUUUGGAUCUCUCGCCAAAGCUACCUCAGAAGAUGUCCUGGCAGCUUUGCCGUCCCGCCAAGAUGCUGAUAUGAUAGUCUCGACAUACCUCAACGCAAGGAAUAUUGCUGUACCGUUUAUUCACAUCCAUCAAUUCCGCAAACAGUACGAGGCAUUUUGGAACAACCCUGAAUCCGCAAAUCUUCUUUGGGUUAGCAUCUUGUUCUCAGUCCUUGCUGUUGGCGCUAUCAUCCCCGACGGCAGGGGAAAUUAUCGUCAAUCUUCGGCACUUAUGUCCUUUUCAGCCCGGUGUCUUAUAUCUGGGCAGUACAGCACGGCUACUGAGUCCUCUGUUGAAGCCUUGGCUAUGCAUCUUCAUGCACGAUGUUUCCAUAAAGAGGACCAGGACAUUGAUCUCUCACAGCUCUAUGCCUUGACGGUUCGCAUCGCUCAACAACGAUUCUAUCAUGUCGAUGGAGGCGACUUGCUACAGGCAGUGACACCUUUUCAAGCCGAAAUGAGGCGACGCGUUUGGUAUUAUCUCCAAUACUACGACGUCUUGCUCUCUCUUGAACAUGGAUUACCGCCAGUAAUACAUGAGAAUACAUACUCCACCCGACAUCCGACCGAUGUCACAGAUGAUGAGUUUGAUGAGGAAUCGCAAGUCAUCUUCUCAUGUCCAGUAACAGAGAUCCAUGCUGCCCUACCCUGCGUGUACAUGUCACGACUCUUGCCCAUUCUAAGAAGGAUUAUAUGCCAUGCUCUCGGUUUCAAGACUUGCAGUUACAAGGACGCCAUUUCCCUCAAAGCACAUCUUGAGACAUGGUACAGGUCGAUUCCAGCUUGCCUCAGCGUGCGUUCGAUCAAGGAUACAUGCUUCACAAAUACAAGUUUCACCUUUAUGCAACGUAUUUUAUUCCAGCUCAUCUACAACACGGGAAUCGCGCUAAUCUAUCGCCCGUUUCUCAACAUCAUGAGCCUUGAGAAUAGGUAUUGCGAAACUGCGCUUGACACAUGUCGCAAGAAUGCACUCAGAUCCAUCGAAGUCUACAUCGAGGUUGAUCGGGAGAUUCAGAAAGGAGGAAAACUUCAUAAUGAUCAGCACGUAAAAGCUAACUUACCAGUCAAUGACUUCUUCAUGACGAUGAUAAUGGCACCACUUGAGUUCUUUGGAUGCCCCAACUUACCGCUAAGCCAAAAGGGCUAUAUCAUCCACACACUCGAAACGGCAGCACAGCUGUGGCCUAUGAGGUCAUGUGUCUCCUCAUACGCCCUCGAAAGCUCGCGACUCCUUCAGGUGAUUUUGGCAGAUAUCCAUUCCUCAAGCUCCAUCGAGCGUCCCAUGUACCCAAACAUCUCCGAGCUACGCCAAGACAGUGAUUUACCACAACAUUUUGGAUAUUAUGGGUCAAGAAACGAGGAUGCCUGUGACUUGGACUACUUCCUAUGGAAUAACGCUACUGCGUCGGAUUGGGUUCGUGAACAGAUCGAUAUGCAGAUAUGCGCCACUGACGAGGCCUAG